AUGACUGAGUAGACUACUGAAUGAAUGUCUGUUUUUUUGUCACCCGGAAAACGGAAACAGCGGUUGGGGGUGUAGCAGGAGUCAGUGGACUCAUCAGUCAUCGGUGGCUUCCGAUGGAAAACACGGCGGUGCUAAGAGAGUGGUACGACCGAGUUGAUUCCGACAAAACCGGCGGCAUCACUGCAACACAGCUCCAGACCGCAUUUGGUAUUAGUAACCUACAAUUUCCUCUCUCCGUUGUCCAACAGAUGAUCAGGAUGUACGAUUUUGACAGAAAUGGAACUAUGAGUUUCCCAGAAUUUGUUGAACUCAACAAGUUUCUUUUGAAGGUUCAACAAGCCUUUGCAGACUUGGAGAGGGGUCGUGGAUAUCUUGUUCCAGACGAUGUCUACAAGGGGUUGGUGAAGAUUGGAAUCUCACUUGACUCUCCUGCAUUCUACACUGUCUGCGAGAGUUUUGAUCAGAAGAGGAGUGGAAGAUUCAGACUGGAUGGCUUCAUAUCACUCUGUAUAUUUGUACAGUCUGCGCGGAACCUGUUUAGUUCAUUUGAUACAAGUAAUCAAGGAAGAGUGACUCUUGAUUUAAAUCAGUUUAUUUACUGCACUGCAAAUUGCAGAAUAUGAUAAGCGCCGAUAUUUAAGUAUGAGCGAUCAUUAGUCGCAAAGGGUAAAAGCAGGCAAGCAUUUCGAUUUAACAGUGCAAGGGUAUUCCUGUUUGCUCUUGUAUUAUUCUCUUUCAAAGCUUCCGUUCUCCCAUAAUUGCGAGUCUUUGAUUCAUUGAUCUUUGGAGAGUCUUAUUAGAUCAAACAUUGUACGCUAAGUAAAGAUCUGUACUUAUCGUGUGCCUACACUCUUUCAAGUGAAUGUAUAUAUAUUUGUUGUUUGAGUAAAAAAUAUUGAGCAACAAGCGUUUCAUCGAGGCUCAAGAAAUAAUACCAUUCUGGUACUGAAAAAAUGGUGAACAA